GCACAGAGCGAUUGAGAGGAAGGGCAGGCUGUUGCGCACUUCUUUUCUUCAUAUGCUGUAUGCCAUUUACGUAGAUGCUUUCACUUAAGAUUCCUGUCUUAUGUGACUGCAAACUUUUUAAAAGGAUAACAAAACUGCUGCUGAUAGUUUUCACCAUGGAAAAAAUGUGGUUUACUUUCUGCAUAUUUACUCUGAUGGUAAAAGCUGUUUGGGCUGAAGAAUGUUUGGACAGAAGAGGACUGCGACCUCUUCCCAAAAACCUGAAUCCACUAUCAGACUGUUUAAUGGACUGCUCUAUGAGGACGUACGUAAAAAAACAACUUUUACAGCACAGGCCUUCAAUAGAAUUUAAAGACAGCACACAAGGAGACCACGGGGAAUUCUGCUGGUCAACCUACCUUAAAUGCAUUGUAGGAGGAGAGAUCUUUGAUCGGGCUUUUGUGAUAUUACCGUGGAACAUAACUUCAGCAGAACAAGUGGAGGUGAUCACGAGCCCGGCUGCAACCAAACUGAGUGUCCACCCCUCUCUCCCUUUAAUCUCAGACCACUGUGGGCUUCUGUAUGAAGUGAGCCAGUACUUCAGCACAGAAAACACAGACAGCUCCUUCUGCAUACAGCUCCGCACUCUGCAGCUCGAGUCUGGGGAGGGGGCCCUAAGAUGUCCUCCGUACCUGCUGAUCCUGUGGAAGAGUAACUCCAGUCAGGCACAUCAGCAGAGCGGUGGAUAAAUGUGGAUGGUCCUGCCUGUACCGCACUAUGCAGUGCUGCUUAGAAACUGAAAAAGACUAAAUCAACAAUGUAUGCUCAAUGAUCACCGUUUGAUGUAUUCAUUUGGUGUAAUUUCAACAAGACAUGUGAGACAGGUGAGACAGGCGAGACAGGCGAGACAGGCGAGACAGGCGAGACAGGUGAGACAGGUGAGACAGGUGAGACAGGUGAGACAGGUGAAGGCAGAGAAUCUAAAGGGUCUAAGUACAAUUUUAUUUAACAAACAAAACAUUGUAAUACAGCUGUUAUUGAACCUGUAAUUUAAUUGCUGCUUUGAAAAAUGUUUUGUGUGAGACACAUGCACUUUUCAGCCUUAAAGUACCGUGCUGUUCUACAGUUCUAUAGUCAUAAUAUCUAAUGAUGUAUUUGUCAUUUGGCACUGCCUGAGCUGCUUGUGCAACAGGCAUUAGCUUUUUGAUCAAUAACUAUAUUCUGUGACAUGUAUUUAGCAGUGAACAUCCUACAGUUUUCAUGCCUUGCAUGUCUCUCAAGAUUGACCAAAUAAUUACAGAUCUUCAACCUGAACACACAGGGGCAGUAAACUAGAAUAUAAAAGGAUUUGUUUGUGAAGUCAAAAUUAAAUAUUUUAAUACAGAUUUUUUUUUUUUUUUUUAAAUACAAAUGUAAUAAUGUUUGUACAGGAGGUACAUAGGAUACAACUGAUUAGAAUAAACAACUUUAGGCAAAUUUAGUAUGUAGAAUUUUUCAGAUCUACAGGAUACAGGCCUAUUACUCCUGGCGCAAUAGCGCCACCUGCUGAGAGUGCCUAUAGUGCCUACAUUAGCUCCGUGGUAAUACCAUGGAUCUAUUAAAAUGUGACAUACAACAAGUAAAUCAUUUUGUCUGAACAGGCAAGGUUUAUAUGGCAAACUGUCAGUGUAACGCUCACAUCUGUAAGAACUGGAUGAGACACACACAGACCGUAUUAUUCACAUAAACAGCAUCUUUUUUCAUAACUCUCAAUAAAGGUAGUUGUUUUUUCUUUUUUUUUUAAAUGUGAAGUUAAUUAUUCCAGUAUGGCUGUAUAAUACAUUUUAUAUUUUAAAGAUCACUUGAUUAC